UAUCAAUGGCAGACAGCGAAAACGCAUUGGCUAUUCCACAAGAUCAGGCAUUCAAGAUGCCUCAGUUCGGAAGCAGAGUUGAGUAUCUUAAGGCUGAACUUGAGAAAUUGAACAGUAAAGAAAAUAUUAGUGUCAUUAAGAACACAGAAAUUGAAGCAACGAAAUUUAUUCAUAAGAUGGCUGAUUGAAUUAGUGAAGGAACAGCUACUGUCAGUACAAAUCAACAAGAUAUCACUGAAUUCAUUGCUGCAGAGCAUGCCAAGAUCAAGCAGAAAGAGCUCAAGGGCAAGCUUACUAAGAUGGCAGUAGUAGACAACAUCUACAGCUACAAGGAAGCCAUGUCUAAGAUAGACUAUCUUGAUAAGAAUCUAGAAGUUCUAAAGACCUCUGAGAAGACUAAAAUUGACAAUUCUAUGUCUGAAAACCCUUCUGUUAAUUCAAAUAUGAAGAUUAAGGAACUAGAGUCUGAACUAGGUGUACAAUUGAUUGAAGGAGAACAGAAUGUAGCAACCUUAAAGGACCCAAUGAGAGAGACUAAGAAUACCUUUAUGAAGAAUAAGAAGCAAGCUGAAGAGUUUGUGAAUAAAAUCAAGAAUGAGAAGAAAGAGUUGAAAAAUAAGUUGAGGAGCAAACAGCAAAAAGAGUUAGAGAAAUAUAAGCAGCUAGAAGAAUCUCGUAAAAAUGCUGCUACCAUACGAGCUGAGAAAUUGAAGGCUGAAAAGGAAAAGCGCAGACAGGAUCACCUCAAGCGAAAGGAAGAAGAGAAGCUAAUUCAAAUUGAGCGUGAGAAGGAAUGGAAAAAGCUUCAAAGUAAGAUCAAGAAUACUAAGUACAUGCAUGAAAAGCUUGAAGAGGAGUAUCAGCAGAAUGUCCUCAUGCCUGAGUUAGAGAAAAAAAAGAAUGAACUCAAAGAGAAGCGGGACUUUUAUAAGCCAAUAGAUCGAAAGGAAAUAGAUGAGUUCCAAAAGCAAUACGAAGAGAAUAUUAAACUCAAGAAUGAAGAAAAGAGACAUAAGAGAGAACAAUGGUAUAGUGAUAUUGGAGGAGACAAUUUUGAUCCCAACAGACUCAAGACAAAGAUCUAUGACAAGGUGAUGGAAGAGGACAAGGGCAACCAGGACAUGAGGAGUAAGAAGAUUGAAGAUAGGACGAGGAGACAAGAGAAAAUGAAUAAUUAUGCUAGAAUAGUCAAAGAAAUGCACUGGCCUACUGUCUCUCAUAAGAAGAAACAAGAGAUAGAGCAGAUUAAAAAUUUAUUAGGACAAAGAAACCAAAGAAAGUCAGCUCCUCCGAAUAAAAGGUUUGGAGCACAGAAACCCAACGAGAGUGGGUUUGCUUCAGAUAGUAAUGCUGGACAUGCUAGACCUAACUGGAAGAAAUUCCAUAACCCAAUGAUCCCAAAGCCAAAGAUGAAGAGAGAACCCGUCGUAGUUGAUUAUCUAAGAGAAAUCAGAGUGAAGAGAGAAGAGAAUGAUUCGAAAUCUAAAAAUACAACUGCUUUUGAUUCAGAAGGAAUGGGGAAAGUAAAUAUGUCAAUGUUCAAGGAUCAAAAUAUUGAUGAUAAGACCAAAGUUGAGCUACUAAAAGCCAGGACUAAAUUGAUCGAAGAGAACGCUAUGAGAAAAGAACAGAUGAACAAAAUAAACGGGGACACAAUAGAGGAUAAUGCAGAUAUCAACGAUAUGCUGAUCGAUGCUAUAGAGAUGAAGCUCUCUAUCCUGGACCAGAUUGAUUAAUAUAAGCCAU